CAGGCCGCGAUCGUCAACCUCUCCCCGUCCCUCUGCGGGAUUCUCGCACGCGCCGGGCCCGGCACGGCCUCGGCGGUACACCACCACGGCGGGCAGGACACGAUCGUGUACGCGGUGUCGGGCCACGGGUCGCUGGUGAGUUCGACUUCGCCAGCGCCGGAACACCGCGGUGAUACAAAGGUCACGCUGCAGCCGGGCGACUGGGCGUUGAUUCCCGCGUAUCGUGAGCACCAGGAGGUCAACGAUGGCGAGGAUGAGUUGGUUUGGGUCAUUGUGCGGGCCCCUGGCGGAGCGCCCGAGACAGUUAAUUUGGAGGGCUGGGGUGGAAAG